GCGAAACAAACAUGGCGGCCGCCGCUGUCGCUGUCGCUGCCGCUGCCGCUCCGUGAAGGUUGACGAGAAAUUCGUUGGUUGACUGAAAAACAAAAAACAAAACAAAACCGGGAAUAUGCUCGGCCUUACAAUAAAGGAGGUGUCUUUGGCACUGCGGGAGGGAAGGAUCUCCCCCACAGAGCUAUGUAGGAGAUGCCUGAACCACAUCAAGAAAACGCAGUAUUUAAACGCAUACAUCACUGUGACAGAGGAGCUGGCACUGAAGCAGGCACAGGAGGCUGAGAGCCGAUUGCUCAAAGGUGCUCCCAAAGGCCCUCUAGAUGGAAUCCCCUUUGCCGUCAAGGACAACUUCUGCACGGAGAAUAUCAAGACCACAUGUGCUUCAAGGAUGCUAAAGGAAUACACUCCACCAUACAGUGCUACAGUGGUCCAGAAACUCCUUGACCAGGGGGCUGUUCUCAUGGGGAAGACCAACAUGGAUGAGUUUGCUAUGGGUUCAGGCAGUACUGAUGGGGCUUUUGGUCCAGUGAGGAAUCCUUGGAGCUAUGCUGCGCCAUACAGAGAACAGACAGAAGAGGAGCCUGACUCUGAUUGGGUUAUCACAGGAGGAAGUUCAGGAGGAAGUGCUGCAGCCGUGGCCUCGCUAACCAGCUACCUAGCCCUAGGAUCGGACACAGGUGGGUCAACCCGUAACCCAGCAGCUCUGUGUGGGGUUGUGGCCCUGAAACCCACAUAUGGCCUGGUGUCCCGGUACGGUCUCAUCCCCCUGGUCAACUCUAUGGAUGUUCCUGGGAUCUUGACUCGUAGUGCCAAUGACGCAGCCAUUGUAUUGGGUAUCCUUCAAGGCCUUGACAUCAGAGACUCAACAACAAUCUGUAGCCCCUCGGCACUUACAGAGCUACCUGAAGACUUUGACAUUAAGAAUAUCUGUGUAGGCAUCCCCAAGGAGUACCAUGCCCCGGGGCUGUCUCAGGAGAUGCUAGCACAGUGGAGUCGCAUUGCGGACAUGUUUGAGACGGCAGGGGCGCGGGUGGAGCAGGUGUCCCUCCCCCACACACAGCACUCUAUUGUCUGCUAUCAUGUCCUGUGCCAUGCUGAGGUGGCGUCCAACAUGGCCCGAUUUGAUGGCCUAGAGUACGGCCACCGUAGCAAGGUGGACAGCUCAACAGAGGCUAUGUAUGCCACCACCCGUCAUGAGGGCUUCAACGACGUGGUGAGGGGGAGGAUUCUAUCUGGAAACUACUUCCUGCUCAAGCAGAACUACGAGCAUUACUUUGUGAAGGCCCAGCAGGUACGCCGGAUGAUUGCAGACGAUUUUAGGCGUGUGUUCAGCUCAGGUGUGGAUAUGCUGCUUACGCCCACCACUCUGUCUGAUGCAGCUCGCUACUCUGAAUUCACACAGGAAGACAACCGCACACGCAGCGCCCAGGAAGACAUCUUCACACAGCCUGUCAACAUGGCAGGUCUCCCAGCUGUUUCUGUACCAACAGCUUUAUCUAGCCGUGGCCUUCCCAUUGGCCUGCAGCUCAUAGGCCCCACCCUCCAAGACAGGAAGUUGCUUGCUGUCGCCCGAUGGAUUGAGCAGAGAGUUGGGUUUCCUUGCAUCGGUCACUAUGAAAACAGCAGCAAGAAGGGAAGUGACACGGGAAUGACGAAAAGAGAGCAGUCUUCAGCUGUAUGAACUGGGCAAAUGUACACUGUCGACAAAAUCUCUAAAGACACACACUUGUCAGACCUAUUGUGGUAUCAUGAUGGACAUUUGUUGCCUGUGAGAGGCUUUCUGUGGCCCUUUUUGAGAGCUGUCACAUGUUGGUUUGGGCCUUUGAAAAUACUCAACCCUUUCCUUCACCCCUGGAUGAUCUUGUUAAUCACUGAAAAAGAUAUAACAUGUAGUUUCCUGACAGCUUGAAAUACAUUGACCACAAUCUCAAAGGUUAUGAGAUGGCCUUUUUUAAGAAGGUAAUGUAUUCAUUCAUUCAUUCAUUCAUUUUCCAUGCAGCUUAUCCUAAUCAGGGUGGCGGGAUGCUGGAGCUUAUCGCAGUGCUCAUGGGGCAGAAGGCAGAGAAACACCCUGGGCAGGUCGCCAGUCCAUCGAAGGGCAGACACACAGACACACACCUUCACACCUCAGGGCAAUUUACUAUCUCUGAUUCACCUGACUUGCAUGUCUUUGGACUGUGCGAGGUAUCAUACUGACUUUGUGAUAUUUUUUUGUUUAACUCUGUCCUGGGUGCAUACAAUUUCUUUGCAAAGUGUUAUCAGUUUGUGUUGAGAUGUAAAGGCUUUGAAUGUGGUCUCCAGCUCAGGUGCCAAACCACACAGAUGAGGUAAUUACCAAUUGUAACCGUCUCUCUCACCAAAAAAAACUUGGUUCAUGAUAAAGCACUUUCACAUAUGAAAAAGUAACUGUAGCAGUCCUGUAGCAUGUGAAUCAAAAGUCCCUGUCCCCCCAGUCAUUACCAGUUCUAGCUGGUGUCUAUGAGCCCUGUACAAUUUUUUUUUUACAUUAUUAAAUGGUUUAAGACAAGACAUUUAAAAUUGGUAACUAAAAUAAAAUCUCUUGGG